AUGCUAGCCUUCCAGUUUGUUCGCUUAAUGUAGAAGCUUUAGAGAAUAAGGGAAAGCACUGGGGAGGGGGAAGGAAACGGGUGCAACCUGCUGCUUUGUUAAAUGUUCGUUACAGUAGGAAACAAGGUGUCGAGGCAAAAACUACAUUUCCCAGGGGACAUUGCGGCACGUCACGGAGGAAGGACCACGCAUGCGUAGAGCGUUUCAUCGCCUUAGCCCGAGCUCUUAAAAGGAAAAAAAAAAAAGCGCGUGUGGUUCCCGACGUGCCGCCAAUCUUCGAACGCCGGUGCGUAACCACCCUCAGACUCUGGGAAAGCGUUCGAGGGACGCGCCUGCUCCCGCCGUCGUAGUUUCCAGCGCGACGUGCUUGUUUCGCCCGAGACUCGGCACCUCACAUAUAACAUGGCCCUUGUUUCUGCUGAUUCACGAAUUGCAGAACUUCUGACAGAGCUCCAUCAGCUGAUCAAGCAAACCCAGGAAGAGCGAUCACGGAGUGAGCACAACUUAGUAAACAUUCAGAAGACCCAUGAGCGGAUGCAAACAGAAAACAAGAUUUCUCCUUAUUUCCGGACAAAGCUGCGUGGCCUCUACACAACUGCCAAGGCCGAUGCGGAGGCCGAGUGCAACAUCCUCCGCAAAGCCCUGGACAAGAUUGCUGAGAUCAAGUCUCUACUGGAAGAGAGGCGGAUUGCUGCCAAGAUUGCAGGUCUGUACAAUGACUCAGAGCCACCCCGGAAGACCAUGCGCAGAGGGGUGCUAAUGACACUGCUGCAGCAGUCAGCCAUGACCCUGCCCUUGUGGAUUGGGAAGCCUGGUGACAAGCCCCCGCCCCUCUGUGGGGCCAUUCCAGCCUCAGGGGACUAUGUGGCCAAGCCUGGAGACAAGGUGGCUGCUCGGGUGAAGGCUGUGGACGGCGAUGAGCAGUGGAUCCUGGCCGAGGUGGUCAGUUACAGCCAUGCUACCAACAAGUACGAGGUGGAUGACAUUGACGAAGAAGGCAAAGAGAGACACACCCUGAGCCGCAGGCGCAUCAUCCCGCUGCCCCAGUGGAAGGCCAACCCAGAGACGGACCCUGAGGCUUUGUUCCAGAAGGAGCAACUCGUGCUGGCACUGUAUCCCCAAACCACCUGCUUCUACCGUGCCCUGAUCCACACGCCUCCUCAGCGGCCCCAGGAUGACUACUCAGUGCUCUUUGAAGACACUUCCUACGCAGAUGGCUACUCCCCUCCCCUCAACGUGGCCCAGAGGUACGUGGUGGCUUGUAAGGAGCCCAAGAAAAAGUGAAGCUGCCUACAAACAUGAGCCUGCCACUGCCGUCCCCAAGAGAGAAGGCAACAAAGGAUUUCUAUCAGCAAAUAAAUAUUCCUCCAUCU